AUGAUGCUGUGUGAGCGUGGCAGUAUGCUUUCACAUAUUUCCGUGGAUACGGACUUGCUUUUUUCCAUGCCGGUUAAAUCGGUUUCUGUCGGUUCUUGGGGAUCCUACCGAAUUGCCAUCUCUGCCCGAUAUCGACAUGCUGUACAGUUGCCGUUCCAGCCUCUGAAUUCUUCACACGUGCUGACAGAUACGGACGCAUUCAACUAUUUGUCUUUAUGUGCCGGUAAGACUCAUCACAUUCCUCCACGCUCAUCGCCGUCCACCCUCUACACUAACCGCUCAACACUAUUGAGUGAGUCGAGCUCUUGC